CGCUUGCGGGGACGAGGGCUCGCGCGACUGCCGGGGUGUUGGAGAUAGACGUUGUACAAAAUAUUGAUCCCACCAUUUAUAGCAACUUCAGAGAAGAACCUAGUAAGAUAAGUAGAAAGCUCAUGUCAUCAGGAAUGCCACCAGAAAACCUUGUGGCAACCAAGGUUACAGAAGCGGAAGAAACUGUGAAAUGCAACAUUGAUCCAACGGAAAAUCAAGAGUCACCAUUGGAAAAAAUGGAAAAUAUUGAAGCUAUGUCAAAGAGGCAAAGAAAGAAGCUAAUGAAACAGAAAAAAUGGGAAGAACAAAGAGACUUGCGCAAGCAGAAACGUAAAGAAAAGCGCUUGAAGAGAAAACUGGAACGCCAGUCUCAGUUGGAAGCAAACAACGAAGAAAGUGUCAGGAAGCGCAUGCGUAGGAAUGUUGUUCCUAGUACACUUCGCCUUAUUAUAGACUGCAGUUUUGACAAUUUAAUGGAGUUAAAGGAUGUCAAGAAACUUCACAAGCAAAUUCAGAGAUGUUAUGCAGAAAAUCGCAAAGCACUCCAUCCUGUACAGUUUUACUUGACCAGCCAUGGAGGCCAGCUGAAGGACAACAUGAAUGAAUCUGACAAAGGAUGGGUAAAUUGGAAGGAUAUCCACAUUAAAUCAGAGCAUUAUAGUGAACUGAUGAAGAAGGAAGACCUUGUGUACCUUACAUCAGACUCUCCUGAUGUCCUGAAUGAACUUGAUGAGUCCAAAGCCUAUGUCAUUGGAGGCUUGGUGGAUCAUAAUCAUCAUAAGGGAAUAACAUACAAAAGAGCACAAGAACAGGAUAUAAGUCAUGCACAGCUUCCUCUGGGAAUCUUUGUGAAAAUGAACAGCAGGAAGGUCUUGGCAGUCAAUCAUGUGUUUGAAAUCAUUCUUGCAUACUUGGAAAAGAGAGACUGGGAAGAAGCAUUCUUCACUGUCUUGCCACAACGAAAAGGAGCCAAACCACUAAAUGAGACAACUGAUGCCUCCAGAUGCAAUCUGCAAGAGUCAGAAAUGGUUCAAGAUGAUGGCUUAGAUAGUUGCUAAGUCCAAGCAGAAGUUUUAUUUGUACAAAAGGUUCACAGAAGCCAUGGGGUGAAAGCUGGAUGAAUAAAAAUGGAUGUAUACUGUGCUUGUGGUGUGGAGUUUUUUAAUGGGGUAGUGUGUAGCUUGUCUGUUGAUUCCAAGCAGUGGACUUGCAUUGCCAGAUCUGGAUUGUAGAUUUACUGAUAAAAUACUUGAUUUUUAGUAAGCAAAAGUGCAGUUGAGGAUGUCUUUAUGUUUCCCAAGGAAGCUGAUAUUUAUUUGCCAUUUUUAAUAUUUUUAUUCAAUAUUUGCAAGAAGGUAACUUUGUAUUCUGCGGGUAAAGGAAAUUUAAUUAUCACCUUUAGGUUUAAUUUGUUACAAUCUUGCCUGCUAGUCUCAAAUCUACCCUGCUCUACAUGUAAUGUAACUUCUGUAUGGUUUGGGGGCUUUCUUCAGUGAAUGCCUGAUGAAUUCAAAUUGGAAUGGUAACAUUGAUUUUUAGACAGAGAGGGGGAAACAUUUCAGUUUUGAGUGCCCACUCCCUUUUAAUUCUUGGUAGAGAAGUAAAAUUGGCUCAUAUACUUGUACGGUCAGCACUGAAAUUAAUUCUGCAUUCCAACUUCACUAUGGUAGCAUGUCUUAAGGUUUGUUUCUCACUAUAGUUAAGCUCCUUCCUGCUCUAAGAAAUUACUGUCAGAACCCCAGCCCACACUGCUGUUUCUCACUGCACCAGUAUUACCCAAAUGCCACAGUGUAUGCUUCUCCAUUAUGGGUCAGGUCUUUUCAUGUUAUCUUUGCGAUGAGGGAAGGUGCUGUGGUAUAGCAGCUCUUAUGAUGGAAAUGUCAUGCAAGGAGGGGCCUAAGUUUCAUUGCAGUUUGAAUUAAAGUUAUAUGAUAGAAGAAAGUGUUUGUUGUAAUUUUAUAAGGUAAGCAAUUUGCCUUCACUUCCUCAGAGGGCAGUGUAUUAAACUACUAUUCGUUUAGAUGGAUGGUUCCAGUAGGUUUAUAAUGUUGCAAGGCGAGAUUUAAACAAAUUACUGCAUUCUCAGAGGGUUUCAUUUUUCAGUAGUUAAGAAUUGUUGUAAAAUUCUAUAUGUUAAAAGAUCUUGUCACUAGAUAGAGUUAAAUACCUUCAAGCCCCAUUAAUAUCAAUGAGGAAGAAUUAAGCAUGUGCUGAAAUUAAAAGUGCUUAACUUUUACUGUAUUGUAACCACAAUUCAAAAACCUGGCCAGAUAAAAUAGUAUGGACUAUGUAGUGUUCUAAUGGAGUUGAAUAGUAGUGUUUUAUCUCACUCUUAAAAGAGCAAAGAAAUGUACUGUAGUAGCUCCUCCUUUUGCUAAUAAAUAAACCACUAUCUUGAGAAGCAAAUAUGUAAUUGUUGGAACUGUAAUAUUUCACCUGAUGAAUGAAUUUGCAAAUUCAAUAAAUUGUGUAUCAUCUGCAUAUUUUGUUUCCUCCCUGAAAUUAAAAUCUUUUCAAUGUUC